UAGAAUUUGUAUUUUUGUGGAAUAUAAUCACAACACUCAUCAAUUAUGGUAGGGAAAACUUUUCGCAUUGCAAUGUAUCCAUGGGUUGCCAUUGGCCAUAUUACUCCAUUCAUUCAUAUGGCCAACAAACUAGCACAGAGAGGUCACAAAAUUUCUUUCUUUUUGCCAGCCAAAAAACUAGGCAAGGUUGAGGCUUUCAAUCUCUAUCCGGAUCUCAUAACCUUUAUGCCAAUCAUCGUUCCACAUGUUGAAGGUUUGCUUAUUGGUGCUGAAACAACAAAUGAUGUUCCUUUCCCCUUCCAUCCCCUCAUUAUGAGUGCCAUGGAUCGCACAGAACCAGAUAUUGAAGCUUACCUUCGUGAACUCAAACCCCAUUUUGUCUUCUUUGAUUUCACUUGUUGGAUGCCAGCUUUUACUCGCAAGCUAGGCAUAAAGUCCGUGCUCUAUUGCAUCAUUAGCUCUGGAACUAUUGGCUAUCUUCUUAGCCCUGCAAGGAAAAUUCUUGAAAGAGGUUUAACCGGGCUUGAUCUCCUCAAGCCUCCAAAAGGUUUUCCAUCUUCAAGUAUAAAGGUACGCAUGUUUGAAGCUCAAGGAUUAGCUGCUGUAACAACAAUGGAUUAUGGAAGUGGUAUUUCAUUCGCGGAACGCCAUCUAAGGUCAUUUAGUGAUUGUGAUGCUAUUGGUUUCAAGACAUGCAAGGAGAUUGAAGGGCCUUAUUGUGAAUAUACUGGAAACCAAUUUGAAAAGCCAAUGCUCUAUGCUGGUCCGGUAGUGCCAGAGCCACAAAAAAUGGUGUUAGAAGAACGACGGGAAAAGUUAUUAAGCAACUUUGAAGCCAACACAUUGAUAUUUUGUGCCUUCGGGAGUGAAUGCGUUCUGAAAGAGGACCAAUUCCAAGAAUUAGUUUUAGGCCUCGAGCUAACAGGUCUACCAUUCCUGGUCGCAAUAGAAAGAGUAAAUGGAAGAGGGUUCGUUUAUGGAGGUUGGAUGCCACAACAACUGAUCCUAAGGCACCUUUCCGUGGGGUGUUUCGUGACUCAUUGGGGCUCUUUGGCAGAGGCUAUGGUGAAUGAUUGCCAAUUGGUGUUGGUACCCCAUGUUGGGGACCAGAUAAUUAAUGCAAGAUUGAUGGCUGGAGACUUGAGAAUUGGAGUAGAGGUUGAGAAAGGUGAAGAAGAUGGAUUAUUUACAAAGGACGAUGUUAACAAGGCAGUAAAGGCUCUAAUGGAUGAUGAUAGUGACUUGGGGAAAGAGAUAAGGGCUAACCACGCUAAAUGGAAGGAGUUUCUUUUAGCAUCCUCAAAUUAGAUGUAAAAUUUUGAAUCAAUGUUAUGUUAUUACUUAAAUUUCAUUUUCAUGUUAAAAAUUUCAUAUAAAACUUUUAUUUGAUAAA